GUUUAUUUGUUGACUGUGAACUCUUUGUUCCGUUGUGUUAAAGCAGCUAAUAUACAGUGAGUCGUGAGUGAAAAAUUGGUAGAAAUAGACAAUAAUUAAAGACAAGUGUGUGUAGUUUGUGGCAGACCAUACUGGAAGUAAUCCAACGUGAGUUUUCGUGUUUUUCCAACUCGUUCGUCGUGCUGCCAGUUACUGAAAUGGAUUUGGUUGGCUCAGAUCAUUGUGAGGAUCAGAACCCGGAUGUCGAUAUCAGAACAAGUAGCAAUAGGAUGUCUGAACCUGCAGAGAUCAUCAUUGAAUAUGAGCACACCUUCACAAGUACCGAUGCCAAAAUUGGACAUUCUACUCCUAAGCGGAAAAGGAAUGAAUCUAUGAGUGCUGCAGUUAGAGAUGGAGGGCUGAAGAGACUGACAAGUCCUCAAUCAGACAACUGUGAUGUCUUGUCAAUAUCUUCAACUACAGUGACAGCAUCUGAAUGCAAUAUAAGUAACAACUCUGACACUGUUUUGGCAAGAAAUGAUAGUUCAAUUACUCUGUCGGCCAGCUCAUUGUCAGCAACAGUUACUGCAAGCUCUGAUGAUGAACCUAGAGAACUACCAAGCAUCUCGGGGAAAAUGACUAGGCAUAGGCAAAUAAUGCAGCAAAGGUGAGUUCAAGUUUUCAAAAUUGAUAAUGAUGAGCACACAAAGUAAUAUCUAUUAUUUCAGAUCCAAAAUGCAUAAGCAUGUAUGGAACAUUUCUGGCAAAACUGUAGGUAGCGCAGAAAAAACAAUAGCGUCUCUGAAAAAGAAAAUUAAAAAUCUUCAGCAGCAAAAUCGCAGACUGAAGUCUAAAGUAUAUUCCCAGCAAUCAUUAAUGGAGUAUUUGAGGGAGACAUGUGGUUUGACGCCAAAUGCAGGACUAGUUUUGAAUGCAUCAGUGGAUGAUGGCACAAAGGAAAUUCUGAAACGAUUUAUCAAGGGGAAGUCAAAACAAAAAUAUAAUGCUUCUCUCAGAGCUUUUGCAUUAACUUUGCAUUUUUAUAGCUCAAAAGCUUACGAUUUUGUGAGAGAGCAAUUCAAUAAAAGUCUACCACACCCCCAUACUCUAAUAAAAUGGUACCAACGGAUAAAUGGUGCACCUGGCUUCAGCAUGGAGGCAAAAAACAACUUACUGUGUAAAGUACAAACGGAACAGAAGCAUGGCCGUAAAGUUUUGUGCAAUCUGGUCAUGGAUUCAAUGGCAAUUAGGCGGCGAAUAGAAUGGAAUGGCCAAAAGUGGACAGGAUACAUUGACUUGGGUUUUGAUAUGGAUGGAGAUAAACUUCCUGAGGUUAAAGAAGCAUUGGUUAUGAUGCUAGUGGCUAUAAAUGGCAAAUGGAAGCUACCUGUAGGAUACUUCUUCAUCAAUGGUCUAAGUGGAGAGGAACAGGCAAACUUAGUAUCAAAUCUUCUUACUUUUAUUCACGAUACAGGUGUUAUCAUUUGUUCAGUAACAUUUGAUGGGGCCUCUCAAAAUAUUUCGAUGAUAAAACACUUGGGAGCUGAUCUGAAAAUUGUAAACUUAAAAACCUGGUUCCCACAUCCAGUUGAUUCGCACAGGGUGUACGUUUAUCUCGAUCCAUGUCACAUGCUAAAAUUAAUCAGGAACUGCUUAGCAACUUAUAAAAAUUUCAAGACAGAUCAAAAUGAGUUAGUUUCUUGGGAAUACUUUGAAAAGUUGGUAAACAUUCAAAACAAUGAAGGCUUAAGAGCUGCUACCAAAAUUAAAGAAAGACAUGUGAAAUGGGAAAAUGAAAAAAUGAAGGUAUGCCUAGCAGCACAAACAUUCAGUAAAAGUGUUGCUGAUGCACUGAGGUUUCUGGAAACAGAUUUAGGUUUGAAAGAAUUUGAAGGUGCUUCAGCAACUGCCAACUUUGCUGAAAUGAUAAAUAAUAUUUUUGACAUUUUUAAUAGUAAUUCGAGAUACUCAAAAUACGAAUUCAAACAAGGCUUAGAUGUCAAUAA